GGGAGACGCGGCCAGAGGGACCGAGCCAUGGCGCUGCUCUUCUCCGCGCUCCGCGUGCUGCUGGGCCUUUUCUUCGCCGCCUCCGGCGUCGUCAAACUGACCGAUCAGAUUGCAAGCGACGUCCAUCAGCAGCUGAAAUCUCAGUUUGUGCAGUUUGCUGAUGUCUUUCCCCUGAAGGAGUUUGGUUACAAGCUGGAGCCGGCCCUCUACCUGGAAGCAGUGGGCUGGAUAGAAGUGGUGGCGGGUUUGCUUUUGGCCUUUGGGCCCCAGUUGCUGCAGGAACUCAGUAAUUUUGUACUCACCAUUGUCAUGAUAGGUGCCAUCUACACCCUCUUGGUUUUGAAGAAACCCAUUGCCAUGUGUGCCCCGGCUACGGUCUCCUUGGGUCUUCUGCUUCUCCUCAACAUCCGGGGAAGAGGGAAAUGUGCCAAAUCAAAGUUUGACUGAGGGCAAGGUGGGGGUGGGAAAAUUGACCUGGAGGGGAGGGUUGGAAAUACGGCUGUUGAGGCGGCAGCACCAAGCCCACUUGCUCUCCUCGCCCUCGCCCACUCCCUUCAAAAUCGCUGAUGCAUAAAAUGGGUCCUGCUGAAGCGUAAUCCAGGAGGGCGUUGAGAUCCGUGUAAAUCAACCUUGGCAAGAGUUAGGGCUUUCCUCAGCUAUCCCUUUCGUCAAUGUUCUUUCCCUUCUUCAGCCUGGAGCCACUGCCUUCUCUGCUAAACCAGCCAGGUGCUGCCUUGAUCCGUGGAUUUCAUAGAUUUGGACAAGGGAGCAACGUAUGUCAGAUGAAAACCGAAAUGCAUUUUUAAAAAAGCAAAACCUGCCCAAGAUAGACCGUUGUGGAGUCCAGAGUGAGCCAUUUCUGCGGCAGUUUGUGGGCUGCCACGGAAGAGUUUUGUUGACUCGUAUGUGAGAAUUUCAAUGUGUUUUCCUAACAGCUGAGAAUAUGCCAUAUCUACAGGAAUUACAUUUAUACUAGAGCUUUGAGCAUAGAGGCGCCUUUAAAGAAAUAAUUGUGGCCUUCCCCAAGGAAUCCUUGGAAACGGUAGUCUAAGGCCUUGGGUUUUACACAGCUGGCUACCCCAGGGUAAAAUAAGUUGUGGCAUAAAUUUCGGGAUCUGAUUUUGCGUGCGUAUUCAAGGACUAAACGGAAUCCGCAACCUCUGGUGGGUUUUCACUCACCUCUCUCUAUAUCAGGGUGGGCAACCUCCGUGACCCGUGGCCUCAUUUCAUUUAGUGUUCCGCCUAAUUUCAGAAACGGUAAUACUGAUCUGGCGAGAGUGAUCUGGGUGGGAUGGAAGAGGAGGAGAGAGAAAGAGAGAGGGUGGAAGGAAAAAAGAGAAAAGGAGAUGGGAGAAACAGAAAAGGUGUGGGACAUCCAGUUUUGGAUUUGUCCCUGCCCACCACUGCUACGUGAGUCCCAAUAGAUUACCUGCAAGGGAAUGUGGCGCUCAACCGAAGAAACGUUGCCUGCCCCGGCUCCAUAUUCUUCCUUAAGUGAGCAUUAUUGUGGCUCUCCUUUUGUGAGCAUUCAAGGGGUAGGAGUGCAUGAUCUUUGAUAGGUGGAGCCUAUAAGAACAACACUUUAACCUGUGAAUGCAGGGCCGGCCCUACCAUGAGGCAGCUGACUCAGGCAGCAGAUUUAAAAGGGCAGCAUUCAGUUAAUUGCUUUGCGAGAGAUGAGGAAAAGUGCUUGUAGGAUUUUCUGCCUCAUGUGCCUAAAUAAUGUGCCUGGCUUUGAAUGCUAUGAACCUUGUCUUGGUGUGUGUGUGUGUGUGUGUGUGUGUGUGAGAGAGAGAGAGAGAGAGAGAGAGAGAGAGAGAGAGAGAGAGAGAGAGAGAGAGAGAGAGAGGUUUCCAUUUGCUGCUUGACCCCCAGCAGUGAAAUGUCUUGAGCCCACCAUGUGUGGCUGUGUAGGUAGCGCUUGCAGACAGUAAUGCCUUCCACGGAAUGAUUGGAAGUCUACAAAUUGUGGAUGGACUUCCUUGCCAAGCUGAUAGAUCUCUGGGUGAUUUGCCGUAGAUUCUGACUCCCAGUAGUUUAACAAUAGCAGCAACAAUUAUAUAUAAACACACACCAAAUUAUACUGAUGAAAUGAAAGAAGCUUGGAGUUAGGAGUGUAUUUGUGCGUGGAACGAAUGUGAGAUUGAAACCGAUCCCGGGGCUCAGAAUUCUAAGUGCACGUAUUUUGCAUAAGGCACCAGCCGGUGGAACUCAGGGGUUCUAAUAAAGAUCAAAGUGGAUCCUGCAAGCCUGAAAUCUAGGGAUGUGCUCCGCUUCUAAUCGGACCGGCGAAUUAGAACCGGAGCAGGGGGCUUCGCCUGCCCUUAAGGCGGAAGCGAAGAGGAUUGGGGGGCCGGCAGAGCGUGGCGAAGAGGAUCGAGGUGAAGGCGGAUCCUUCGCCUCGAUCCGGAGCUCCGCCAGAAAGGUAAGGGGUUUACCGGGCCCUGCCGCUG